AUGGUUGGAAGCGCUCUGACUGAUGAUGAUAAAGUGGAAGUUGGCUUUCCUUCAAAUGGGCCCGAACCUGUUGCUCUUUCAAUCGGUCGUGGCUCACACUCUGAUGCGCCUUCUAAUAAAUCUCGAACUGUGGUUUUGGUUGGACGCACUGGAAACGGGAAAAGUGCAACGUGCAAUCACAUUCUUGGAAGGGUGGCAUUUACGCCCAGGUCUUGCUCCUUUUCUGCUGGUAUUAGUCGCACGUGCGAGAUGCAGACAAGAAAGCUGAGUGGCGGCCAGAUGCUUAAUGUCAUCGAUUCUCCUGGUUUGUUUGAUGUCUCAUCCUGUGGUUCUGAAUUUAUUGGAGAAGUAAUAGGCCAAGCCAUCAAUAUGGCCAAGGAUGGCAUCGAUGCCGUGCUUGUAGUCUUCUCAGUGAGGACUCGCUUUACCAAGGAAGAGGGCUCCGUCUUACGUGGUUUGCAGAUUUUAUGUGGGGAAAAAAUUAGUGACUAUGUUAUUGUUGUUUUUACUGGUGGGGAUUCACUUGAAGAAGAUGGGGUCACCCUGGAUGAAUACAUAGGCCGUGAGUGCCCGGACCCUCUAAAGGAAAUCCUGGGUCAAUGUGGAAACCGAAAGGUUCUGUUUGACAAUAAGACUAAGGAUGAAGCGAAGAAAUCUCGACAACUGGAACAACUUCUAAGUCUUUUAGAUGGCGUUAUAGAACUGAAUCAUGGACAGCCUUACAAAGAAAAACUAAAUGUUGAUAAGCUGAAGGAAGAGGCACUGAAACUUCGUGGGCAGACAGAAAAGGCUAAUUCUUUGAAAGGAUGCAUGAUAGAGAGAUCCGAGUUUAAGGACCAACUUCCAAGGUCAAGCGAAGAACAAGCCAAGAGGAUGACUGAAAUGGCUUGGGUGGAUAACGAUUCUUCCUAUCGUCGGUUACUAGAACAGCAAUUGGCAGAAGAGAAAGCAGCAAGGCUCAAGGCAGAAGAGGAAGCUGAAGCAAGACUGAGGGUGUUGAAUGAACUUUACAGCAUUAGAAGGCAGAGGGAGAUAAUAGCCGCAUCAAAAGAAGGCAGAGGAAGUCAGAGUUGGAUGCGGUGUAGGAUUAUGUAG